UUAAAUUAUCAAUUAAAACACAUACACCUCCUUUUCCAAUCCAUAGUCCUGCAUUUUCUCCAUGCUCUCUCUCGCAUUUUCCGCCGUCCGAUUUCUUAAUCCUCCAUGAUCGUUACCUGCAUGCUGUUACUUUGUCCAUGAAUUUCGACGAUUUUCUCUCCCGUUUCCUUUCCUGCUGCGGGAAGAGGCUCAAAGACGUUGAUGAAGCCGAGGGCGCGGACUCCUCUGACCUCUUCUUCGAACUCCGUACUCUUCAGAUUGCCACUAACUUCUUCUCUGAGUUGAAUCAGCUCGGCCACGGCGGCUUUGGCCCCGUUUAUAAGGGAUUGAUGCCAAAUGGUCAAGAAGUAGCGGUAAAGAAGCUUUCAGUAGACUCCAGACAGGGGCUGAGAGAAUUUACUAAUGAGGUGAAGCUAUUGUUGAAAAUUCAGCACAAAAACUUGGUCACAUUGUUCGGUUGCUGUGCUGAAGGACCUGAGAAGAUGCUUGUUUAUGAGUAUCUACCAAACAAAAGCCUCGAUACCUUUCUAUUUGAUAAAAAGAAGUCUGCAUCACUGGAUUGGACAACACGAUACCGGAUAGUUACAGGUGUUGCAAGAGGUCUUCUCUACCUGCAUGAGGAGGCCCCUGAAAGGAUCAUUCACAGAGACAUUAAAGCAAGUAAUAUUCUGUUGGAUGAGCAAUUGAACCCAAAAAUCUCAGAUUUUGGCCUGGCAAGGCUCUUUCCUGGGGAAGACACCCAUGUGAAUACAUUCAAGAUUUCUGGUACCUAUGGUUAUAUGGCCCCUGAAUAUGCGUUGCAUGGAUAUUUGUCUGUGAAGACAGAUGUUUUCAGCUAUGGAGUUUUGGUCUUAGAGAUUGUAAGUGGAAGAAAAAACCAAGAUAGGAGUCUUGGCGCCGAAAAGGUGGACCUCUUGAACUACACAUGGACACUUUACCAAAAGGGGAAUCCACUGGAACUGGUGGAUCCAAGCCUUACAAAGUGCAAUCGUGAUGAAGCGGCAAUGUGCAUUCAGCUAGGCUUGUUAUGUUGUCAACAAAGCAUUGCAGAUAGGCCUGACAUGAACUCUGUUCACCUCAUGCUCUCAAGUGAUUCGUUUACGUUACCUAGACCAGGUAAACCUGGAAUUCAAGGGCGUGCAAGCCGUUGGACAACUACCACUUCUACUGCUCUCACUAAAACUGGUACUGAUGCCAAUACAAAUACUAAUGCUACUAGUACCAGCACCGGUGUUACUAGGACUUCUGGAGGUAACAGUUUUGUUGAGGAUUUUUCCAGAAACUCCAUCUCUUAUUCUUCCAUUGAUGAAGGUAGAUGAUCUCAUUCAUAAUAGUGAGUAAUUAGGGCUGUGUAAAGUUUUAGUUAUUUUUUUUGUAUUAUUCAUUUUAUUUGUUAUAUGAUUUAAGUUGCUUUGAUGUUAUAUAUAGACUAUAGUGAAUAUAAAA